GGCAGUCCUGCUGACCUGGGCGGUGUCCCGGUGGCAGCCACCUCUCCGACGUGGAGGGAACGCCGCCCGGUCUCCGUCUAUACCCCGCAGUUGAGCUUGCAGUGCCCCGUUCUGGAGGAAGGGGUUGUGUUCUCUGGGCAAGAUGGGCCCUCCUCUCCGCUCUGGAAGCGGCGGGCUGGCCCCUGUGAGCCGGGGGAGCCGGUGAUGAGACGACCGGUGACACGCAGGAGACCGCACUCUGUGAUAGACGGACAUGUUCCCAUGGAGACCGAGCCCAUGCACCCUCUCACACCCAUGUCCCGCCCCCCUGGGCUGUCUCCACGGCACCCUCCUAUGAGGGCCACUCUGCAACGGUGUCAGUCCCUGCCCCUCUCCCAGAGCACUCCCAGCGGGCUGGAGCGAGCAGGCUGGACGUCCAGCUCACCAAGGCCAGGUGCUGCGCUGAAACUCCAGUCGGAUGCAACCUGGCACGGUGGACACACAGGCACCAUCAGGAGGAGGCUUCUCCGGCCCGGGUCAGAACAACUGCACAUAAACAUGUUGAUCAGCGGAGGUUCUAUCGUCAGCGCCGAGGCAGUAUGGGAUCACGUGACCAUGGCCGACCGAGAGUUGGCGUUUAAGGCGGGGGACGUCAUCAAGGUUCUGGAUGCUUCCAACAAGGACUGGUGGUGGGGGCAAAUCGACGAUGAAGAGGGGUGGUUUCCGGCCAGCUUUGUGAGGGUUGAACCGCACCCUCCUCAACCUCAAACAAAACAAGUUUUCUAUAUCAACCCCAUAGCAACUCCACGGUUCCAAAACACAGCUACAAAGCUAUGGGUGAACCAGGAGGACGGUGCGUCGGAGCCAGCCGAGGGCACCAGCGAGGUACAAAAUGGCCACCUGGACCCGGGCAAUGACUGCCUCUGUCUGGGCCGGCCGCUUCAGAACCGGGACCAGAUGAGGGCCAACGUCAUCAACGAAAUCAUGAGCACAGAGAGACACUACAUCAAACACCUGAAGGACAUCUGCGAGGGCUAUCUGAGGCAGUGCAGGAAGAGAAGAGAUAUGUUCAAUGAUGACCAGCUGAAAGUCAUAUUUGGGAAUAUUGAGGACAUCUACAGAUUUCAAAUGGGGUUUGUUCGAGACCUGGAGAAGCAGUACAACACUGAGGACCCUCAUCUCAGUGAAAUUGGGCCUUGCUUCCUUGAACAUCAAGACGGUUUCUGGAUCUACUCGGAGUACUGCAACAACCACCUGGACGCCUGCAUGGAGCUGUCCAAGCUGAUGAAGGACGGACGCUACCAGCACUUCUUCGAGGCCUGCCGGCUCCUGCAGCAGAUGAUUGACAUCGCCAUCGACGGCUUCCUGCUGACGCCCGUGCAGAAGAUCUGCAAGUACCCGCUUCAGCUGGCCGAGCUGCUGAAGUACACUGCCCAGGAGCAUAGUGACUAUCGCUAUGUGGCUGCCGCCCUUGCCGUCAUGAGGAACGUAACCCAGCAGAUCAACGAGAGGAAGAGGAGGCUGGAGAACAUCGAUAAGAUCGCACAGUGGCAAGCCUCUGUCCUGGACUGGGAGGGGGAUGACAUUUUGGACAGGAGCUCAGAGCUGAUUUACACUGGUGAGAUGUCAUGGAUUUACCAACCAUAUGGAAGGAGUCAACAAAGAGUCUUCUUCCUGUUUGACCACCAGAUGGUCCUGUGUAAAAAGGACUUGAUACGCAGAGACAUCCUGUACUACAAGGGCCGCAUCGACAUGGACCGGUACGAGGUGGUGGACGCUGAUGAAGGCCGGGACGAGGACUUCAACGUCAGUGUGAAAAAUGCAUUCAAGCUACAGAACAAGGACACGGAGGAGGUGCACCUCUUUCUGGCCAAGAAGCUUGAGGAGAAGAUUAGGUGGCUCAGAGCUUUUCACGAAGAACGCAAGAUGGUGCAAGAAGAUGAAAAAAUAGGGUUUGAAAUAUCUGAGUACCAGAAGCGGCAGGCUGCCAUGACUGUACGGAAAGUGACCAAACAGAAAGGUGUAGGCCAAAGCAGAUCCAUGCCCCCUUCAUAUCCACCUCCCCAGGACCCCAUGAACCCAGGACAGUACAUGGUACCGGAUGGCACACAAGCCCAGGUCUUUGAAUUUCAUGAGCCCAGGAGGAGCCAGUCUCCCUUCUGGCAGAACUUCAGCAGGUUAACACCAUUUAAAAAAUAGAGGAACUCUAGAGGACAUUUUUAGAAGGACUACCUUAUUUUUUGAGAAGCACUAUAUGACAAAUGAUCUAUUAAGACACAAAGGAAAAACAAAAACAAAGAGGAAAAAAGGACCAAUGACAUUUGGAAUGCUGUCAAUUUGCAAAAUUCUAUCUUGCCUGACAGCCAACAAUUACUACCACUGUUACUUGUACUACUGCUUCUACAGCAACUACUACUGUAUUACUACUACUAGUACUACUAUUACUGCUACUACUCAUACUACUUCUACUACUACAACUGCAGCACCAGAUCAUUUGAUCCUGUACAAAAAAAGAAAGAAAUAUUUGACGAAAAUCACCUGCAAAUCUCCCGCUUUGUAAAGAUUGUGUUAUUUUAUUGUUUUUAUUGGCUUUACCCUCAAACUGGAAGCUAACACUGAGUAUCAUUUUCUUGAGCACAAACUGAGUAAACAAAUGCUCUUCGGUGGAAGAAGAAAACGAAAACUAAAAGUAACUACCAUUCACCGGUUGUUCCACGACAGGAUCCACCCUGUUGUUCACUGUGAUAUCAGUGGGCAUGUCUGGUGGUCUCUCUCAUCAUUGUCCUUGUGCUUUGCACCAUCUGCCAGGGUUACCCUCUGUAAAUGAAAGCCUGUCCAUCUGGUCAAUCAUUCAGCAAGGGUUUCUUCGGGUAAAAUUUAUAUUCCUGUGUUCUCCUGAUUGCUGCAUGUUUAAGUCUGUUCACCUGCAGUUACAUAACAUGCCAUGGUAUUCUUGUUGGUUGAUGGAAGAAAUCAGAAUCGGUAACUCCAGUUUAAUGCUGUUGACAGGGUAUUUAUUUCUUGUGGACCAGAGUAACUUUUUGUUGCAUAUAUUAAAGUAAUUUCUGUUUGAGCAACAAUUCUAACUUUUCUGAAUAUUAUUUGUAAUUGUUUUCAAAUCAUAUAGCCCAGAUGGGCCAUAAGUGACAGGGUUUAUAACCAUAUUCAUUUCAACCUCAGUUAUUAAAUAAUUGUAUUUAUUUCCUGGACAUUGCAUUAAUGGUGCUCAUAAAAUGUCAUAAUUUUAUCAAAAACACUUAUGCCUAAACAGUACACUACUACAGUGCAGUCCGUAAGUAUUUGGACAGUGGUACAACUUUAGUUUUUUUGACUCUGAGGUGAAAGAGCAGACUGUCACCUUUAAUUUGACGGUAUUCACAUCCAUACAGGGUUAUCCGUGUAGGAAUUAUAUACCUUUUUAUAUAUAGUCCCUCCAUUUUAGAGAACAAAAAGUUAUUGGACAAUUGGCUUCUCUUCUCUGAUUAGUCAGAUGUACACGAUGACUUCCUUAGUGCAGGUAAAAGAAACCUUUCAGUAUCUUGUGUUGAUUGUGCUUUUUCUUGCCUUUGGAGUCUAUUAUUGGCAUUUGUCAACAUGAGGACAGCAGUUGUGCCAAUGAAAGUCAAGGAGGCAAUGAGAUGGGCUGAGAAAUAAAGAAACAUAGACAUAGGCCAAGAUCAACUGCUUGGAACAUCAUUAAGAAGAAAGAGAGCACUGGUGAGCUCAGCACGCGCAAUGGGACUGGUAGUCCUCCACAGUUCAUGACCAAAGAAUUCUUGUCAUAAUGUAGAAAACCCCCAAACACCAAGUUACAGUUUGGUAAGUAGUUUGGUAAGUAGUCGCGAAAAAGAGCCUUCAGAGUUCUGGUAAAACUCAUUGUGGACAGAUGAUACCAAGGUUGACUUGUUUCAGAGUGAUGGCAAGAGCAAAGUGUGGAGGCUGACAUGAACUGCCCAAUAACCUAAGCACCCCCCCAAUCUGUGAUACAUGGUGGUGGGGGUAUUAUAGUUUGGGUAUGCUGCCACAGGUGCCACACUUACCUUCAUUGAUAACUUGAUAGCAGCAGCAGAAUGAAAUCUGAAGUGAACAGAUGUAUCUCAUCUGCUCACUUCAGAUUUCGAAUGCUUCCUAACACAUUGGACGGUGCUUCAUCCCACAGCAAGACAAUGAUCCCAAACAUACACCAAAUUUUAUUUUUCUUCCUGAUGAUGUUCCAAACAGUUUUUUUUGGCAAGCCUGUUGCUUGGCCUAUGUCUCUAUGUAUCUCUACGAGUGUUGGUUUCUUUGACUUUACUUGACUUUCAUUGGCACAACUCUGGCCCUAAUGUUGACAAAUGCCAAUAACAGACUCCAAAGGCAAUCAGAAGACUGGAGUAAAAAUAAUACAGCUGAUACUAGAAGCAGAGAAGCCAACUGUGCAAUUACGUUUGUUCCCUUAAAAUGGGCAGGACUAUGUAUAAAAGGGAUGCAUUUCCUUCACGGAUUAACUGAUGUGGAUGUACAUACCGUCAAAUUAAAAGUGACAGUCAGCACUUUAACCUCAAUAUUCAUAGUUUAAUUUCAAAUCAAUGUGCUAGAGUAUGGAGCCAAAAGAACAGGAAUUGUCCCACUGUCCAAAUACUUACAGACUCCACUGUAUGAGGAAUAACAUAAGUGAGAUAUGCGCAGGUAAACAAACAUGACAGUCCUAGAGCAAAAUGUGAUGAGAGACGACCACAGUGCUGCUCAUUCAUUGGCUAAUAGGGACUUGAAAUUAAACUGAAUUGAAAAGCUGAAUUUGCUCUGUGUUUUGGUGCACAACAGCCAGCAUCCCCUUUGGGGACAGUUGUCUCUUCUUCCUUAAAGCUCAGCAGUUUGCUUCCCAUUGCUAUCCCAUUGUCCACAGCUCAUACUCCAUAAACAGCACCCCACAAAAAUGGUAAAACAUCUGUUGAUAAAUCUUUUAUGUCAAUAUCGGACAGUUUCUCAUGUACCGCCAAUGCUGCAGGAAAAGAUUCUAACACAUGCUACUGAUUAAAGUCUACUUCUGUAGUAUAAUAUCCUGCAGCACGCACAAUCAGUACAUAAUGUAAAUGACAAAGAAGCAACCUCAUACAUUAGUGAGGACCAUUAAAUAUACACUCACCGAGCACUUUAUUAGGUAGACCUCUACACCAGCUUGUUAAUGCAAAUAUUUAAUCAGCCAAUCAUGUGGCAGCAACUAAACGCAUAAAAGCAUGCAGACCAAAUGUGAAGAAAUGUGAUCUAAGUGACUUUGACUGUGGAACUGUUGUUGGUGCCAGACAGGGUGGUGUAAAUAUCUCAGAAACUGCUGAUCUCCUGGGAUUUUCACACACAACAGUCUCUAGAGUUUGCAGAGAAUGGUGUGAAAAACAAAAAAAAUAUCCUGUGAGCAGGCAGAAAGACCUUGUUAAUGAGAGACGUCAGAGGAGAAGGGCCAGACUGGUCAAAGCUGACAGGAAGGUGACAGUAACGCAAAUAACCACGCAUUACAACAGUUGUAUGCGGAAGAGCAUCUCUGAACACAUAAGCAGUCAAACCUCUUCAGUGGAUAGACAACAGCAGCAGAAAACCAAUACUUCUAAAAGUUAGUCUAAUAAAAACCUAAUAACGUGCUCAGUGAGUGUAUUUUCAACAUAAAACAGUUUAUAUGAAGUGAUGUCCCUGCAGAGGUUCAAAAUUGAAAGGUGCAGUGUGAUAUGAUUUAAACCCCUUGCCAUGUAUAUCCUUGUGACACAAAAUCAAAACUUACAGCACUAAUUCAUAAGUAUAGCUUCAAUAGAGGUUGGAUUUACAAGAUUGCCAAGUGGAAAAUCCCUACAUGAUUUCAAAAAGAUGGAAAACAUACUAGAACAUACCAAGUUGCUAGGUUUGUGAGUGUUUAAUCCUGUCCCUCUAUCUCUGGCACAAGAUACGUUUUUUAUUUUUAUUUUUUUCAAUCCUGAUGCUCUUGAAAACAGGGUGUGUCAGAUGUGAGUACAUUGGGUUUUUUCUCAUAGUGAAUGAAAACCUCAGGUUUAGAUUGGAAUAUUGCUGCAUGCUAUCAGAUUCCAGAUUGAAAGACAUAGAUGCCAUCUAACAGUGCCUUCUAGCAUUUUACUUGUGAUGUUUGAUUGAAUGAUCUAGACAGCUAUCCAAAAGUCCCGUGUUUGCUCUCUGUGCAUUGACUAUGUCUACACAGUGUUAUUCAAGUCUAACAGAGUACAUGUCAUACAUGCAUAAAAUUGGAGCCAUAUACUCUGUGAGAGUUGAUUUAACACUGAACAUUUUACUGUGUACACAACUUCAUUUUUUUCUGAAUCAUAAUUUGGAUCAUUUGGGGAAGGCUGGAUAAAACUAUUACUAUUUUAGUUCAGGUAGACAAAUACAAAAUCAGAUUGAGCAUUGUGUUGGGGUAAUAUCAUUUUGACAAAUUGUACUUGGAUGGCAUAAUUCUGGCCAACAAUUGUUCAAAUAACACCACAAGACUGCUGUGAAGGAUAUAUUGGUGACCAUUGAGAGAGGAUUUAUCCUUUUAGUUUUAUGCUACAAAUUUAUUAAAUAAUGUUUUUUUUUUUUUUUUUUUUUUUUGAACAACUGGCAAACUUAUACUGCUGUUUAAGGAAGGAAAUAACAGUGUUAAUGAUUUGGGGUUUUAAUGGUAAGAGUUUCCUAAAUAUAUGUAUUUAUCUAAAAUGUUAGUUUCUGAGAAACUUGCAGAACCCAACACAAUGGAAUUUUGUGAAAGUUGCCAUGACAGUACUGUUUGAUUGAUCCUACACAGCAUCCAUUUGAGUUUACAUCCAGCAGAAAGACCAGGAUACUACAGACUCCUGCCAGAAAAUGGGAUGGUGGGAAAAAUGAAUUGACACCCAUUUAUCUUACAACUAGCAGCUACACCAUGUACAUAUUGUAAAUAUGACAGAUCAUAUAUUUAAAUAUUGGUAUUUUAAGUAUGAGACAGAUACAGUAUUAUUUAAGUUAUAUGCUAGGUUUUGUUUCAAGUGGACGCAUGUUAAUGGCAUCAAAGGUUCUGCAUGACACAAGAAACUAUCAGAUUUUAUGUUUUCUUAGGUUUUUUGGGAGGGGGGAUUUCACUUAUUUAUGUGCUUUCUAUUUUAUGAUUUGAGAAAAAAACUUCCAUUACCACUACCAUUUUAGCUCUCCAAAGAAAAUUUGCUAAUGAUAUAAUGUAGCUUUUAAACUGCCCACGUUGCAGUUGUAUUACAGUAGUCACACCACCCCGAAUAAAAUAAUACAAUAUCUUUUUCUCAAAUCAAAAUACAAUCUAAAGAGAAAAAUAUAUAAUAGAUUUUCUUUUUCUUUACACUGACCUCCAAAUAGACACAACAUCCCCUGCCGUGUGUCGGGCACAGGUAGUUACCAGGAUGUGACAGCUGCAAUUAAUGUUUUCCCUGGGGAGGCCACCAGUCUAUGUAAAUGUGUUGGUGUAUUCAGAAGCACUGGGAAUAUGUUGUGUAUUGGUGUAAAAAGUGCAUUUUAUUUGAUGAACAUCAGUUGUAAUUAAUUGUAAUUAUUAAGAGCACUGUAAUCUGAAUUGUGGUGUCAGUUGGGACAUUAUAGCACAGUCUUCUGUAACACGUACUUAUAAUUAAUACUUAAACUGUGCCACCUACCAGCUGCAUAGCUGCUUUUGCACUGCAACAGCACAUUGCAGAAGUACAGAUACACACAACAUAAAUGAAAGAGUAGGUUUUAUUUGGAAGCAAAUAUAUCUAGUAUGAAGUCUAUUUUGUGUAUUAUUGUUCCUUUCUUUAAUAUACAGAAUAUGUCUUCUGAGUUGUUUGGUUUAUCUUCAGACCUCAGGAGAGCAGUUCAUUCUAUGUUUGAAGUCCCUCCCCCUAUUAAAUGCACUUUGAAUCCGGUGAAUGAAAUGUGUAUUUCUGUUGAAAUAUAAACUGUGUAGUUUGACCACUUUGGGGCUUUAUGUUCAUGUCCAUCUUUGUUAUUCUCCACUUGACGCUUUAUCUCGCCACUGUUUCUGAAGAGGGAAAGUCCAAUUAAAAUGUUUAUCUUAAUGCGACUUUUAGCAAUAGUUUUAAUGUGAUUAUAUAGGCAAGCUGCUUUGCUAUUCUCUCCUCAUACAGUUUUCUCCUAAUUAUAGUCAGUCACACUGUUACACAGCAGUAUAAUAAUAAUACCCAGAAGUUGAAACAGGGUUUCAUUUAUUUAUAAAAGCAAUGUUUUCAUUAUAGUUUGCACACAAACACAAUCCGCCAACUUAAAUACGGUAGCAGCUAUACCAGUCAUAGUAUUGUUCCUGACAAAGAGAAAGCUAAUACCUUUGAAUGACCAAAGGUGAUGUGAUAAGAAAACAAAUUGUGAAAUUCAAAUCAAAUAAAUGCCUAUAAAUGUGUUGACUAAAGCCCUGUGCAUAAUACAGAGAGACAGCUUUAGUUCAAAUCGACAGCGAUGAAAAGCACAUGGCCACUCCUUUCUUGCCAAUCAAUCACAUGGUCCUUUUGUAUUUUUCUUAGUACUAUACAUUCAAAUGGUUUCUCCACAAAAAACUAGAAAAUAUACAGUAUAUUUAAAUAAAUAGAUAUUAGCUAGCUUAUUUAUACUUAUAAAUAGUCAAUGUCUCCUUUAAGACAUUCAUUUGUCUACUGGUUUAGAGCAAACAUAGUAUUAUUAAUUAAGGUGAACGUAGACAUAAAGAUGACCAUUGAAGAAGAAACAUCACAGAUUUGUACACAAUAAAAAAUAGCCUUAUUAACAAAUUAUAAAUAAUAUAGGGAGCACUGUACUUGUAAUUUCAUGUCAUUUAUUACGAAGUAAAUUUGUCAAUGGUAUAUAAUUAAAUAAUAGUUUGCACAUUUCACAUGAUCAUUUUUGAAAUCUCCCCCUUGAAAUGACCCUAUAUGGUGAUACAUUCAAUUUCCACAAUCUCAAGAGCCAUUUGUAAGCUUUGGUACUUUGUACAUAACUGCACACUAAACCAUAUGUCUGCUUGGUGCUGUAAUGUUACAGGAAAAAAAUGUUCUCUAUUUUUUCGUUUUUGAAUUUUAGAUAUAGAAAUUUUGUAACUUGGUCAACUGUUAUCAGUGUUGUAUACAUAAAAUUCUCUAUAUCAAAAGCAAUCACCAAGCUGACUGAAUAAAUUCUACAUAAUUAA